AUGCAUGUCCUAUCAUCUACUGCUUCAACUGUCGACCCCAGAGUCGGUAGUCCGAUCCAAGAGGAUUCGCCGCCACUCUCUAUGGCCACGUUUCGCAAAACAGCCGAGGCAGGAUUAGAAUUCCUCCGGGCUAACGCAGGGAAUAUGAAGUCGGUCACCGACUCCGGACCGGUACAUGUUAUCGUUAAAGUUGUACCCACUCUCGUUCUCGCCUCUCGCCCAUUCAUGCCCCGUUUAUCCUCGUCGGCAUCAGGCGUACUUGCUUGUCUAGAUGACUUGAUCUCCCAAACUCCUCCACCCCGAUCCAGCCGCUAUCUCGAGACUACCUCUACCAGUGAAGAUGAUGCAUACAUAAUAUAUACGUCAGGUACCACCGGGAAACCCAAGGGUGUAGUCGUCACUCACGGAAAUUUAACCAACCUCCUCUGCUUGUUCCCAGGUAAUCUUGGAAUGUGCCCGGGGAUGCAUGUGUCACAGUUGCUCAAUGUAGCUUUCGAUAUGUGGUCUGAUAAGACUAGCUGGGAGUCGACACUACAAUCGGUAGACCUGGUGAUAGCCACGCCAUCGAUACUGGCCCUCUACGAUCCCUCAAAAUUUCCAAAUAUCAAGAUCGUGGCCGUCGCUGGAGAGCCUUGCCCUCAAUCGCUAGCCACGCGAUGGUCGAAACACGCUACGUUCUAUAACUGCUGUGGACCAACCGAGGUUCGAAUCUUUGACCUUCACGAUUGUUGA